AUGAGCGACGACCUCUCCAGUCCCAACAGCGCUGCACAUGGAGGUGUUGGCCACCGCCAGGACAACGACGAUGAUGACGAUGUAGAUCAAAACAAGAGCGGCAGCAUCAGUGCCAGCACAACAAGCAAAAAGAGAAAGUGCGGCAAGACGGACACUGAAUCGGAAGAUGCCAAGAUGAACAGCACUGUACACACCGAAGACAAUACCUGCAGCAAUAGCAAUCAAACACGGCCCAAUUGUCGCGUAUUCAUUAGUUAUUCUCACAAGGACGAAGUCUACCGGGAGCGCCUGGAGAAACACUCAAACCACUCAAAGAGAAUGGAUACAUUGAAUGCUGGAUGGCACGGCGCUUGUCAUUCCCAUCAUUAUAAGAAGUGUCAAUUUGCAAUGCUGCACCAAAUCAACCACUGGCAAGCAUUGCCUAGCAAUGCUCUCCCCGUCAAACAGUGGAAGGACCCCGAUGAGGCCUGGAUGAAUAUCGAACAGGGUAUUAUUGAAGCCAUUCGAAACCCAGCAAGGGAAAACUUAGUAGGAACCAUUAUUACUUUGGUGGAUACCCCGGUCUCCGCCAUCAAAUCCCUUCAACGACGCGAAAGUCACUCGCGUCGCUAUCAUCGGGAGUCUCUCAUGAGUUCCAUUACGCCGGCUGGAUUGGCCAGCCUCGAAAUGGAAACUCCCCUCGAGUUGGAUCGCCUUACGGAGUUUUGGAAGGCCGUCGAUCUUGACGAUGCCAGGGGGAAAUUUGAGCAGGCUGAAGUCACCAUCAAUUCGAUGCUUUCCUUCACAGCCGCUCAAAUGGUUUGGAGUCUAGACUUUCCUUCUCAUUCCUUGAAAUACUUUGGUCUCUACCAAGGCAUUGUACGCAACUCGAUUCCUCUGUUCGUGACGGACGACUAUUACCAGAAAGUGUUGAAGAAACAAUUUCAUGAAAUGGGCUCUACGUUUGAUGCCGAUGUCGUGGGUCGCGCCAAGAUUUGGCCCAAAGAUUUCACCUCCCUCUUCAAUGCCAAACUCAUGGGGACUCGGCUUGUGACACCCAGGAUUACAGGACAAGAUCGCCCCGUCUACGGAAUUGUCAUUGGGGAGGAUGAAGAUACCGGCAUUGCUUCUCCUCGGAUCACUCCGUAUCUGGAUGGAGACAUUUGGUGCGCGUUGAAAGUCAAUGGCAUCACGUCCUUUUAUUCUAGGUUUUGCAAUAUUGCAGACGAUCAGGAUGAAUCCUAUCUGAUCAGCGAUCUUCAAAAUGAGAUUCAGAAGCUGCCGAGCUAUGAAGUUGUCUUUCAGUUCGACCAAAAACUAACACCGUUUAAAGGAAAGCAGGCAGUGGAAGUCAAGGAUCUCUAUGAGACCUUUUUUGAUUUCUGA